AUGGCUGUUCGCAAGCUCAAAGUCGGAUGCGCCGGCCUCGGCCGCAUGGGUGCCCGCCACGCGCUCAAUUUCCUGAACCGGACGCCUCGCGCUGAACUGGUCGCCGCGUUCACGCCCGAUGCCAACGAGGUGGCGUGGGCGCGGCGAGAGCUGGAGCCGUCCGGCGUCGUCAUCUAUACCGACUACGAGGAGAUGCUGAAGCACCCGGGUCUGGAAGCCGUGGUCGUUGCGACUGUGACCACGGCGCACGCCGAGGAGGCCAUCAAGGCGAUCCACGCGGACAAGCACGUCUUGUGUGAGAAGCCGCUCAGCACGAGCGUGGAAGUGUCACAAUCCGUGGUGGAAGCCGCUGCCAAGAGACCCCAUCUCAAGGUCAUGUGCGGCUUCUCGCGCCGCUUCGACAAGUCGUACCGCGAGGCGUACGAGCGCAUGGAUGCCGGCGGCAUCGGGCGGCCGUCCGUCUUCCGCUCGCAGACGUGCGAUCGACUCGACCCCUCGGGCUUCUUCGUCGCCUAUGCCGAGUUCAGCGGCGGCAUCUUUGUGGACUGCAACAUCCACGACAUUGAUCUGUCGCUGUGGUUCCUGGGUCAGGACUCGGUGGUCAAGAGCGUCGUGGCCAUGGGCAUCUGCGCGGUGCAGCCUGAGCUACGGAAGCACAAGGAUGUGGACAAUGGAGUGGGCGUCGUCGAGUUCUGGAACGGCAAGAUGGCUUACUUUUACUCCUCGCGCAUGAUGGCGGCCGGUCAGCACGACAUGACCGAGAUCAUCGGCACCGAGGGCAAGCUGGCCGUCAACGCGAACCCCAUGGGAUCGCUGGUCGAGAUGUACGAGUCGACGGGCGUCCGACGUGAGAUUCCGCACGACUACUAUGGGAGGUUUAUGGAUGCGUUUGUGACCGAGGCGAACGAGUUCACAGCUGCCUGUCUCGAUAACUCGAGGCUGCCCUUUAAACUCUCUGGCGCUGUCCAGGCGGUGGCCAUUGGCUGCGCCCUGCAGGAGAGCUUGAACUCGGGCAAGAAGAUCCACUUUGACGAGACAGGGCGUCGUAUUGAGCAGCCCAAGCUGUGA